AUGUCAAAUUAAGAUGAAUUAAAAAAGCUUAUGGAAGAAAAAAGGAAAUAAAAAAUUACUUAAAUUGAAUUACCUAAAAAUGCUUAAUUGGUGGAAGGGAAAAUAUUUGUAAUAUCUAAAAAUAAUAAUUAAAUAGUGUAUAGAAUGUGAAUAAAUGAAUGAGACUUUGGUAGAUUUCAAAAGACAUUUGAUUGGCUAAAAACAUAAAAAUGCUUUGUAAGUAUUGAAAAGAAAUGCCUAAAUAGAUGUAAAUAGAUUGGAAAAUGAAGCAUUUCGUGAAUAGAAAAUAAGAAAAUAAAAAUUAACAAGACAAUAAAUUGAAAGAAUAAAUAAAGAAGUGGAUUAAGAAUUUGCAGAAAUUGAAUAAAUUACAUAUGAAGUUAAGAAUUAAAAUGAUUUACCUGAAGAUUUCUUUGAGUAAUAAUUGUUUUAUAUUUUAAUUAGUUAAAUUGAAGUAGAAACAAAAAUUUAAUAACAAAUGUAAGAAGAAUAAUAGAGGAAGAUAAAAGAAUAAAACGAAUAAAAAAUGGAUGAGGACAUUGACAUAUAGAAUGAGAAAUAGGAUAUUUAGAAAAGAAGAGAAAAGAUAUUAAAGAAUAGAAGUUAGAAAUAGAAGAAAGUCGAAUUUGAAUUUAAUGAGGAAGAACUAUAAGAAGGAGAUUUUUAAUUAAAUUGGAAAUAAAAGGGUAAUAAUUGA